UGCAGUUCGACGCUCUAAAGUGGAUUUAAAAGGCGCAACUCUCCGGGACUUCACUGCAAAGCGAGCACCACAUGUAAGAACAACUACAGGAGGAGGACGAGAGAAAAAACAAAAAAACUCAGAGUGACUAAUUUGAUCGGAUUUUACUUUUUUUUAAUUUUUAUUUUUGUUCCAUGUAAUCUCUUUCAUUUGGAUUUUUUUUUUUUCAGUCCCUUGCACAUUCUUUUCCCAUCAUCUGCAUCCUCGUGCGUGUUGGGGAGUUGUGUCGAAAUAGUGACAGAUGUGAAAGAAAUUCAAUCAUUUGUCUUUUUAAAUGAUGACAGAGAAAAGUUUGCAUGGGGGUGUCCUGUAGGAGGAGUUCUUUGUGACCAAACAAGUUACGGAUUUCCCUAUAAAAAAAGGAAAUUUAGUCCCGACUGCUCAAUGAACAGCAUCAUCCCGGGACCCCGAUGUACAGGUCCUGGCACUAGCAGAUGUGCUGUCACACAUAGUCAAGACACGGCAUCUAUUUUUUUUUUCACUCCCUUACUUGAACCCUUAUUCGAGCGCCUCCUCUGAGCAUUUUUUAAAGCUUAUGAGCUGAGACGUGCGCUCGCCAAACCCUCUGAAGCUCUUCCUGCUCUGUGUUUCCUCACCACCCGCCACCCAAAGCUUAAUGGGUUAAACCAUUAGGAACCCACCACUCUCCUCUCCAUUUUUUCCUCCUUUUCGUUCUCUACACAGACCCAAACUCCCCCCCACCCCCUCCACUGUCAGCAGUCCCCUUCCCGGUACUAUCGCCAACGUGAUGGCUCGUAGGGUGUCAGGCUCGUUUGGACGUGGAACCCCAGCAUCAGCCUCCACCUCACAGACUCUCGGCCGUAGAAGCGUCUAGACUGAAAGAGAUAGAAGGACAAGAGGAAAAAGGAGAGGAAAGAAAGGAGAGAAAACACCACAGCACAGAAAGAAAGAGAGACACACAGAGAGAGGAGGGACGAUCAAGAGGGAUCCACCUGUCCCGCCAGAGGAAGGAAGGGCCACCCCCUUUCCCCCAACCCCACCCCCACCCCCCUUCACACCUGCUCCAUCUGGUUGUAAGGGGGGACCCUGCGUGGCCGGGAAGGCAGCAGAGACUAUGCAGCUAGGACUGGUGGCGCUGGCGAUGGUCUUCCUCAGCUCCAUGGGUCACAGUGACGCUCUCAGAGUCUCCAAGGCGAGAAGGCAGAGACGGGUUAGUACCGAGGGGCCGCCGUCUUGCCCUAAAGGCUGUGACCGAUGCUCUGAGUACAACGGCUGCAUUAAAUGUAAGCCCAAGCUCUUCAUCUUCCUGGAGCGUAAUGACAUCCGGCAGAUAGGUGUGUGCCUCGCCUCCUGCCCCAUGGGAUACUUUGGCAUGAGGAACCCUGAAGGCAACAACAGAUGCACUCAGUGUAAAAUAGACAAUUGUGAAGCAUGCUUCAAUCGCAAUUUUUGCACAAAAUGUAAGGAGGGCUUGUAUUCACACAGUGGGCGGUGUUAUGUCAGCUGCCCUCCAGGCCAGCGCACUGCCAACGAGACCAUGGAGUGUGUUGGUCCCCGUGCUGGAGAGUGUGAACUGGGUGAGUGGAGCCAGUGGAGUUCCUGUAUGAAGAAAAACAAAACAUGCGGAUUUAAGAAAGGCUCGCAGUCUCGGGUUCGUGUCCCCCUUCCACAGGUCCACAGUAUGGACACGUCCCCAGCUUUUGUCCCCUCACAGUCCUGCGCUCCACAGACAGAGAAAAGGAAAUGUGUUGUGACUAAGACGCCCUGUGUGAGAGACAGGAAGAAUAAAGGAGACAGACAAGAUGAUGCAAACAGGAGAGACAGGGAGAACACACGUGGACGAGGACGAGAAGGCAAAGAUGGCAGUAGAGGUGGUGGAGGAGGAGGUGGAAGUGGGGGUGGAGGAGGAGGCGGAGGAGGUGGGAGGAGGAGGAAAGGCCAGAGCAGGACGACCACUGCUCCUAGCUUCACAACUAGCUCCGUCACUUAA